AUGGACGAAGAAGACAAGAAAGUGACUAAGUGUUUUAGCUUCAAGAGAACAAAGAAGAAGAAGAAAGAAGAGGAGAAACUAAUAGUAUCUACAGAAAUCGCAAAGAGAUGGAGAGAUCUGAGCGGUCAGAACCAUUGGAAAGGGAUGUUACAGCCAUUGGAUCAAGAUCUCCGGCAGUAUAUCAUACAUUACGGAGAGAUGGCUCAGGCUGGUUAUGAUACUUUCAACAUAAACACCGAAUCAAAAUUCGCCGGCGCUAGCAUUUACUCCAGAAAAGAUUUUUUUGCCAAGGUUGGUUUAGAGAAAGCUCAUCCGUAUACAAAGUACAAAGUGACCAAGUUUUUGUACGCGACAUCACAGAUCCACGUGCCUGAGUCAUUCCUAUUGUUCCCAUUGUCACGUGAGGGAUGGACAAAGGAAUCGAACUGGAUGGGUUACGUAGCGGUGACAGAUGACCAAGGCACGGCGGUUCUUGGUCGGAGAGAUAUAGUCGUCGCUUGGAGAGGCUCAGUGCAACCACUUGAAUGGGUCAACGACUUCGAAUUCGGUUUAGUGGAGGCCAAAAAUAUCUUCGGUGACAAAAAUGAUCAAGUACGAGUCCAUCAAGGUUGGUACUCAAUCUACAUGUCUGAGGACGAACGAUCACCUUUUAAUAAGGCCAAUGCUCGUGACCAGGUGUUGCGAGAGAUUGAGAGAUUGUUGGAGAGGUAUAAGGAUGAAGAGGUUAGUAUAAGUAUCUGUGGUCAUAGUCUUGGAGCUGCGCUCGCCACGCUUAAUGCUACGGAUAUAGUGGCUAAUGGUUAUAACAGACCGAAGAGCCGUCCUGACAAAUCUUGUCCCGUUACGGCCUUUGUCUUUGCUAGUCCUCGUGUUGGAGAUUCUGAUUAUAAGAAACUCUUCUCCGGAUUGGAAGAUCUCCGAGUAUUACGGGUAAAGAAUCUGCCGGACGUAGUUCCAAUCUAUCCACCAUUAGGUUACGCCGAAGUUGGAGACGAGCUUCCAAUAGACACCAGAAAAUCACAAUACAUGAAAUCUCCAGGAAACUUUGCGACAUUUCACUGCUUAGAAGCUUACUUGCAUGGAGUUGCGGGGACUCAAGGGACGAGCAAAGAUGACUUGUUCAAACUUGAUGUGAAAAGAGACAUUGCACUGGUCAACAAAUCAGUCGAUGGGCUAACGGACGAAUGUAUGGUCCCAGGAAAUUGGAGGGUUCUAAAAAACAAAGGCAUGGUCCAACAAGAGGAUGGCUCUUGGAUUUUAUUGGACCAUGAGAUCGAUGAUAAUGAAGAUUUUGAUUUGUGA